CAGUUCCUCUACUCGGCCGAAUCCCUAAAGCACCACCCGAAAAACCUCCACAUCCCCGAAGUCAUCAUCCUCGGCGCCUCCAACGUCGGCAAGUCGUCCUUCUUAAACGCCCUCGUCAACAAGCCCGACGCCGCCCGCGUCAGCGCCCGCCCCGGCAAAACCACCCUCAUGAACGCCUUUGGCGUGGGCCCCGUGCCGACCAUCCCCAAGGGCACGCUCAAAGCCGGCGAGAAGCUGCCGCGGUACAGCCUCGUCCUCGUGGACACCCCCGGCUAUGGGUUCAGGAGCCAGUCGAGCUGGGGGGACUCCGUGUGGAAGUACAUCAGGGCGCGCAAGAUGCUGCGCGGCGCCGUGGUGCUGCUGUCGUCGGAGAAGAGGCUCAUGGAGCAGGACAAGUGGAUCCUGCGGACCCUGGCCGAGGCCAACACCCGGACGCUGGUCGUCCUGACAAAGGCCGACAAGGGGGGCGGCUCGUGGACGCAGCGCUGCGGCGACAUGGCCGCCCUGCUGCGGGACGAGCUCAAGAGAAUCUCGAGGUCCGUGGGCAACGGAUGGGACGAGGGUGCGGGCUGGAUUCCGGAUAUACACGUCACCGCGGCGGGC